AUGGGUUCCAUAUUCCUACCUCAUUUACGUUCAGGCUGGCAUGUCGACCAAGCGAUACUAUCGGAAGAUGAUAGAUUGGUAGUGAUCCGAUUUGGCCGAGAAGAAGAAUCACAAUGUAUGAUUAUAGAUGAGAUAUUAUAUCUGAUAAGUGAAAAGAUUAAAAAUUUUGCUGUUAUUUAUUUAUGUAAUAUUGAUAGGGUACCUGAUUUCAAUCAAAUGUAUGAAUUAGAAAUGGGAGAUCGACAGUUGGAACCAUUUACAAUUAUGUUUUUCCAUCGAAAUAAACAUAUGAUGUGUGAUUUUGGAACGGGGAAUAAUAAUAAAUUGAAUUUUAUGAUUCGGGAUAAACAAGAAUUAAUUGAUAUUAUUGAAACUAUUUAUAGAGGGGCUAAAAAGGGGAAAGGGUUGGUUGUUAGUCCUAGAGAUUAUAGUUCUAUACGGAAAUUCCGAUCAUAG